GCAGCUGGGCGGGGCCUGAGGCUGAGCCGUCUCCCGUGACCCGUGCGGAAAGGAAGGAGCCAAGUGUGGGACCGAGGAAAGCUUCCUGGUCUGUGCUCUCUCUCCUUGAGUCUUCAGAUGGAUUUUAAAAUUGAACACACUUGGGAUGGUUUUCCAGUGAAGCAUGAGCCAGUGAUUGUCAGGCUCAAUCCAAGUGACAGAGGAGUGAUGAUGGAAGUUAGUGCUCCAUUUUUCAAUGAUCCUCCAGCCCCACUUGGAGAACCAGGGGAGCCUUUCAAUGAACUGUGGGAUUAUGAAGUUGUGGAAGCAUUUUUCUUGAAUGAUAUAACUGAGCAGUAUUUAGAAGUUGAACUUUGUCCCCAUGGACAGCAUUUAGUGCUUUUACUCUCUGGAAGAAGAAACGUAUGGAAACAAGAACUUGCCUUAUCAUUCAGAGUGUCCAGAGGAGAGACAAAAUGGGAAGGCAAAGCUUAUCUUCCUUGGAGUUAUUUUCCACCCAAUGUGACCAAAUUCAAUUCAUUUGCAAUUCAUGGAUCAAAAGAUAAACGAAGUUAUGAAGCUCUUUACCCUGUACCUCAGCAUGAACUGCAACAAGGACAAAAACCUGAUUUCCAUCGCCUCGAAUACUUCAAACCUUUCAAUUUUAACACACUGCUUGGAGAAGAAUGGAAACAACCAGAAUCAGACCUAUGGCUAAUAGAGAAGCCUUAUGUAUAGGAGUAUAGUAGAUAACCAUAUCAAUCAUUUUUUCUCUUUACCUUUUAAGGGAAACAAAUAAUAAUUAUCAGUCUUUUUUGAGACCCCAUGAACACAUUUCAGCAACAAAUUGUUUCAUAGAGGUCACUGAAAAUAUAAUAUUGGUGGUAAAUUGUACAUUAUUAACAAGAAAAUAGAAGGUUUGUAGAUGAUUUCAUUUAUAAAGUUAAAAUGUUUCUCAGAGUCACUUAGUAUAGGAGCCAUGGUGAAAAUGGGUUCUACUUUCUGCCUUGAAUCACCAUUACCUCAGAUAUCCCUGAUUCUGUCAUCAAAGUCAUUACUUCUCUUCCCACUUCCCUAAACCUCAGCCAGCCUGAGACUGGGACAUGUUAUUUGCACAUUUUGAAUUCCGUGUAAUGUAUGAUAACUUUUGCCUAGGAAUCUGCUGUCCAUUAUUGAAAUUAGUAGAAAAUAAUGACCUAUUUCAGUUGAACAGGAGAUCCAUAUCUGUUAAGACAUCAUUAAGAUUACCUUAUUUAACCAGAUGUUUUUCCUGUUGUAAUAAUGCAGAAAGUAAUGGAAUGAAGUAGUCUUGAAUUCAGGCAACAGACUCUGCUUUCAUUUACAAAUAAAUGACAUCUUCUUAAUGCUGUUAAACAACUUGUC